CCGGUGUGGGUAGGUGUGUGUGUGCAGUGCCCAGACAAGUUAGCCAGAGUUUCCAGUUGCCACUACCGUCUUGGAUUUUGCCGCCGAUCACUCCUCGUCGCCGGCACCGGUAGGCACUUUCUCUUCCCUUCAAUUCUUCUUUCGCAUUCGAUUCCAAUCAAUCUCCUGCCUCUGAGGCCUCUUUCUACAGUCCCCAGUUUUGUACGUAUUCAUGUGUGUAAAUUGGAUUUAUACAUGAACUCAAUUGAUGGGACAUAAAAAGCGAAACCCUGCCCCGCGUUCCAAACAAUCGGCGGCGGCUUCUCCGGUGACACAAUCUGCCAUCGGCGGAGCCGCCAAUGGCCCUGCCUCAGCCGAGUCCGAGUUGUGCAGGAGUUCUAAUCACACUAUUCAAAGCGCGAGUAAGAUCGAGCUGCCUCCUCACCCCGAGCCGUCGGCCUACUCCACUAUCAAGCUUGAAUGUGAACGAGCCCUCAAUGCGCUCAGGCGUGGCAACCACACAAAGGCACUGAGGCUUAUGAAGGAGUUAUGCUCCAGACACGAGAGCUCCGCUUACUCGGCCUUGAUUCACCGAGUUCAAGGUACCAUCUGUGUCAAAGUGGCCUCAAUUAUUGAUGAUCCAAGUGCGAAGCAAAGACAUUUGAAGCAUGCUAUUGAGUCUGCCCGAAAAGCCGCGGAGCAAUCGCCCAGUUCUAUUGAGUUCGCACAUUUUUAUGCAAAUUUGUUAUACGAGGCAGCGAAUGAUUCGACUGAAUACGAGCAGGUGGUGAAGGAGUGUGAAAAAGCACUCGGGAUUUCAAAUCCAAUUGAUCCUGCGAAGGAGAGCUUGCAGGACGAGAGCCAGCAGAAAAUAUCAACUGCAGACGCCCGGAUAGUACAUGUUCAGAAUGAGUUGCGGCAGCUAAUUCAGAAGUCAAACAUAGCUUCCUUGUCAACGUGGAUGAAGAAUCUUGGUAAUGGGGAGGAGAAAUUCCGUUUGAUUCCGAUAAGGAGGGCUACAGAGGACCCAAUGGAGGUGAGGUUAGUUCAAGCUAGAAGGCCAAAUGAGAUAAAAAAGGUGACCAAGACACCUGAGGAGAGAAGAAAAGAAAUUGAAGUUCGAGUGGCUGCUGCAAGGCUGCUGCAGCAAAAGUCAGAGUCACCCCAAUCCCAGAACGAAGGGGACAGGGAUGACAGGACAUUGGAUUCAUCUUCAGGGUCUGGGCAGAGGAUAAGUGAGAGGCGGAAGUAUGGACAUGUCCGAAAAGCUGGCUCUACAUCUGAAAGGAGAGAUUGGGUACGUUUAUAUUGGAAUUCGAUGAGUAUUGAUUUGAAGAAGGAGUUUCUUAGGAUUAGGAUAUGUGAUCUCAAAUCUCACUUUGGCUCUUCAAAGGAUACUUUGCUGAAUGACAUAGUAGCAGAAGCUUUGUCGUAUGCUGAGGCUAACAAAACGUGGAAAUUCUGGCUUUGCUGCCGCUGUAGUGAGAAGUUUUCAGAUUCAGAAUCUCACAUGCAGCAUGUUGUGCAGGAACACCUGGGGAAUCUCUUACCUAAAAUGCAGAGACUUUUACCUCAAAAUGUAGACAAUGAAUGGAUUGAGAUGAUUCUUAGCUGUUCUUGGAAAGCUCUGGAUGCCUCUGCUGCAGUCAAAAUGCUUGAAAAUCAAGCAAAAUGCAAAGAUUUUUCGUUUCCUGAGGAUACCUAUAUUGAUCAUACUGAGGAGCACCAUUAUUGCUUUAAAGACGCUAAUAAUUCUUUACCUGAAAGGGGACAUAGCCUUGCUACCUGUGCACCAAAUAUAAGUAAUCAUUGUAAAUCUGAGGAAACUAAUAUUACAGAAGGUGUUGAAGUUGAACGGUCUGUAGUAUAUUCCCUUGCAGAUGGUUGGCCAUUGUCAGAUGACUCUGAGCGUGCAAAACUUCUUGAGAAAAUUCGUGCAGUUUUUGAUAUGCUUAUUAGACACAAAUGUCUUGCUGCUAGUCAUCUUAGCAAGGUCAUACAAUUUGCCAUGGAUGAGAUUCAUGGACUUGCUGCUGGGUCUCAGCUUCUAAACCAUGGUUUAGACCAGUCACCAACGUGCAUAUGCUUUUUAGGAGCCCAUCAACUUAAGAAAAUUCUCAAAUUUUUGCAGGAACUAUCACAUACUUGUGGUUUGGGUAGAUAUGCUGAUAAAAGUACUAGUCCCAUGGAUGAUUUACACAAUUCAAAUCAAAUUCCUGAGAUUAAAGAGAAGAUUGUUCUCAAUGGAGAUGCAUCAUGCCUUCUUCUAGAUGAAUGUUUAGUGCCUGCAGAAAUCACUCCAGGUGCUACUAAGAGUGCUGCAUUGGAUGAUGUAAUUACCCCAACUUCUAAUGACGUAGUUUUACAUAACACCGGUCCUUUCCUAUCUUGGAUAUUUUCAGGUUCAUCUUGUGGAGAUCAAUUGACCUCAUGGAUGAGAACAAAAGAAGAUAAAAGAAAUCAAGGAAUGGAACUUCUCCAGACUCUUGAGAAGGAGUUUUAUCACCUACAGAGCCUCUCUGAGAAGAAAUGUGAGCGCUUGAAUUAUGAGGAAGCACUGCAGGUAGUAGAGGACCUUUGUCUAGAAGAAGGUAAGAAGAGGGAAAAUUUCACUGAAUUUGUUCAGCAAAACUAUGGAUCUGUUCUCAGAAACCGGAGAGAAGAGCUCAUUGAGAGUGAGAAUGAUGUCAUGUAUGUUAGCAAUAGAUUUGAGUUGGAUGCUAUAACAAAUGUACUGCAAGAAGCAGAGGCAAUGAAUGUUAAUCAAUUUGGUUAUGGGGAAAAUUAUACUGGUGGAUGUGACGUGGAAUCAGGUGAAGAUGAUGAAUGGAGAACAAAACAAAUGGAUAGCUACAUAGAAAUAGCCAUUCAGAAACUGAAGGAAAACCUAUCUGUGGAGCUUAGCAAAAUUGAUGGACGGAUCAUGAGAAAUGUUACAGAGAUGCAGCAGUUGGAGCUCAAGCUUGAGCCUGUUUCUGCUUUUGAUUAUCGUGCAAUAUUACUGCCUCUAGUGAAGUCAUACCUAAGGGCACGUUUGGAAGAUUUGGCUGAGAAGGAUGCGACGGAGAAGUCUGAUGCUGCAAGGGAAGCAUUUUUGGCCGAGCUUGCUCUUGAUUCAAAGAAGGGUGUCAAGGGGGGAAGUGAUGGUGCAAAACAUAUGGAGAAAACGAAAGAUAAGAAAAAAAAUAAAGAGAACAGGAAAACAAGGGAUUUGAAGGCUACAUAUGGUCAUGAGCAGCUCAUUCUGGACACUGCUACUCCCGAUUCUUAUUCUGCUGCGCCUGAUAAUGACCAUGAUUCCAUUCUUGUUUCUACAAUUAGUGCUGACUUGGAACAACUGGAAGAGGAAGUGAGACGUAAAAUUGAGUUAGAAGAAGAGGAAAAAAAACUUGAAGAAACUUUGGAGUUACAACGACGAAUAGAAAAUGAGGCUAAACUGAAGCACCUCGCUGAGCAGCAAAAGAAAUCUUCUGUGACGUAUUUGGAGAAGUCAGCUGACAAAUUUCUGGAUUGUCAGUUAAGGGCUGUUGCUGAUGGUCCAGAAGUUCAUGAACAUAUGAGACCGCCUAUGCUGGAGCAGUUGCCAAAUAUUAAUGGUUACCCUAGCAAUUCAGAUGGUGUGCAUAUUGCCACAUCAAAUGGUUCUGCGGUACCAGACAUAUCUUUACUCGAUUCAGUUAAUCAAACUAUUCAUCAUAAGCAUCCAACAAAUAUCAAACAAGCAGAUCUGUCUUGCAAAAUAGCUCCUGAAAAUGAUUUUCAGCUGGCUGAGCAGCGGACAGGUAAAAAGGGUAAACGGCAUAAAAAUUCUUCCAGAUUGGUUGUUGGAAAGUUUGAGGCUGUCUCAUUGGAUAAAGAGAACACUGAUGCAUAUACCGACAAUCAGUCAAGAGAGCAGGUUAAAUUCCACAACAAUCAGGAUGCUAACAACGUGCAAGGAGACAAUGGCUUAAUGACUCUGAAAGAGUUACAAGUGGAGCAUGAUGAGGAGGAAAGGUUCCAAGCUGACCUAAAAAAAGCUGUGCGCCAAAGUCUGGACACAUAUCAAGCUCUUCAAAAUUUGCCUCCAGUUUCUAGAUUGGGAAUGCCAGAUAAAGCUGCUUUGCAAGUCAAUAAUUUUGGUGCUCCACUGGAGGAAAACACUACUGAGAAUGUCAAUGGAGGUACUUUGCUUGGUACUGGGCUGAAGAAUGAAGUGGGUGAAUAUAAUUGCUUUCUCAAUGUUAUAAUACAAUCUUUGUGGCAUUUGCGACUUUUUCGCAAGGAAUUUCUUAGAAGACCAAGAUCAGAGCAUGAUCAUGUGGGUAAUCCUUGUGUUGUCUGUGCCUUGUAUGAAAUCUUCACUGCCAUGGAAAUUGCAUCAAAGGAUUUUAGGGGAGAAGCUGUAGCCCCUACUUCUCUGAGAAUAGCUCUAAGCAACCUAUGUCCAGAUAGUAACUUCUUCCAGGAGGCUCAGAUGAAUGAUGCUUCUGAAGUCCUGGCAGUGAUAUUUGACUGCCUUCAUCGAUCAUUUACUCAUGAUUCAAGUGUUUCUGAGACAGAAUCAGUGGAAAGCAAUUCCAUGAGGUCUUGGGAUUGUGCAAACAGUAGUUGCAUAGCACAUUCACUCUUUGGAAUGGACAUUUUUGAACGAAUGAACUGCCAACAUUGUGGUCUCGAGUCCAGGCAUAUGAAGUACACUUCCUUCUUCCACAAUAUAAAUGCCAACUCCCUUCGGACCAUGAAGCUCAUGUGUAGCGAAAGCUCCUUUGAUGAUAUCUUGAAUCUAGUGGAGAUGAAUCAUCAGUUAGCUUGUGAUCCGGAAGCUGGCGGCUGUGGCAAGCUAAAUUACAUCCAUCACUUUCUUUCAAAACCACCUUAUGUUUUCACGACUGUUCUAGGUUGGCAAAAGACAUGUGAGAGUGCUGAUGAUAUUAAAGCAACUUUGGCAACACUGAGCACUGACAUGGACAUUAGUGUUCUUUAUCGUGGAUUAGAUCCAAAAAGCAUUCAUAGCUUGGUUUCAGUGGUAUGCUACUAUGGGCAACAUUAUCAUUGCUUUGCUUAUAGCCAUGAACAUGAACAAUGGAUUAUGUAUGAUGACAAGACAGUCAAGGUAAUUGGUGGGUGGCUUGAUGUUCUUACAAUGUGUGAAAGAGGGCAUCUACAACCUCAGGUUCUUUUCUUUGAAGCUGUAAACUAAUUUUCUCGGGGGAACUGAUAACAUCAUCUUUGUGACUGGAGAAAUUAUCUUUGACAUGGUUUGGUAUUCAACUGGUUCCGUGUGAAGCUCUGUUCAUGUAGAUGCGUCGCUGCUUAGACAGAAGCGGUAUACAGGGGCAAAUAAAAAAGCAAAUUUCCGAAGAGGCAACAAGUUUUGGUCUACAUAGGUCAUUUUUGAUACUCAAGGAAGGACGGUUUCAAAAGGGGGAGCCGGGAGGGGACUAGUGAACCGUGCACCAAUUUUUUUUUUUUUAAUACUAACUGGAUGAAUUUGGACGCUGAAGAACUGAGGGAGACUUUACAUAAUUGGUCCAUUUUGGGAGUUUAUUGUCAUUUCCUGUUUAUAUUCAAUAAGCAGGCUCUGUUUUUGGGAAAUAGCACCAAAGCACGUGGAGGUUGCCCAGCUCUGUGCGAGAAGAUCUUAUGGUAGAAAUGAGUACCUAUUGUUGUCGGGAAUUAUUUUGUCGGAGGGGUUAUAAGAAAUAUAUACAUAUUAGUUGGAGGAGAGGAGAUUAUGUUUGAGAUUUUUCCCUUGCCCUCCCUACCUCCUCCCCACAAACAAACCAAAGUGAUUUUAGAGAGGAUCUGUAUAGCUUACAGACAAUUUCAUUUUUUUUGGGAAAUGUCAUCUUGUUGCAGUUAUGGCUGAAAAGAGUGUGGCUUCCUGAUCUUUCUUCUAUUUGAUUAGUUCUUAUCCUUUUCAUGAAUUUUGAUAUCUGCAAGGGAAGUUGUUAUUUGCUGCGUUUUGUUUGUGCAGCUGUGUACUGAACACUCGCUUCCUCGUUCAGAUUGCAUUUUUUUCCCCUAGGGGGGUGGAUUUGUAUUCAGCGUAAGCUGACUUUUAUUAGCUUUAUUAUUCUAUCAAUUGUAUAUUUGUGACGUUUCAAUAAAAAAAUAAAUAACGAAAAUACAAAAAUCUGUACAUGAUAA